GUACCUUGCUCUUCCUCUUCCUGCAGGGCACGCAUGCGCUGGAGAUGCAGCGCCGCUUCUUGCUGGCCUCGUCCUCCUCGGCGUUCUUCUUCCCUCGCCGGCCCUUCUUUGGUGGCUGCGGCUGCGUCGUGUUCGUCGUGUUUGUCGUGUUUGUCACAUUUGUCACAUUUGUCGUGUUUGUCGUGUUUGUCGUGUUUGUCGUGUUUGUCGGCGUGCUCGCAUGCGCAUCUGCCCCGGCGGCCUCCAUGUCCAGCGGCCCUGCGGAUCGUCGUUGUCCACAGACUGUGGGGUUUCCGAUGGCGGGCGCGCUAUGACGGAUGACAGAGCGCUCUCAGCGCGACAUUAAUCAGCGACGGGCGAGUACUGUCUGUCGCACUGGCGGUCGUGGUUCAGUGCGAGAGUCGCUGUCAACAUGGCUAGCCCGGGAUAUCUCGCGCGACAAGCAACGCUCACGCAGGCCGGUACAUGAGGGGAGUGUUCGCGUGAGUAAAUGCUACCUGCUCGCGUGUGAUUGGUCGCAGUGCUGUCUUAUCUGCUCCAGGUCCUACACCGAGGAAUCGCGCGGGAGUGGCUGUCGAUGGCUGCAGGUCAAGCUGAACAUGCGACUGGCACCUGGGAGGCUUUCAGAUGUGUGGCAAUCUUCAAGUCGCCAAACCGAUGGUCCGCAUUGCGGAGACGUCAACGGUGGGCCUGCCAUUGAUCGGCCCGUCUCUACAUCGUGCCAUCGCUCCACCACCAAACAUCAUCACAGUAGAAUUCUCCUAACGAACGUGCUGAAAGGCUCCCAAAUCGAAUUCCGAGCAUAGAUAAGUAAGAUAAAGCACCCUGGAGGUCCGCAGCGCUAGUCGUGGGAAAAGCAAGCAAUCUGAAACGUCCAAUGAUAUCCUCGAUAGUAAUCAGGACCUCG